GUCGCUGGUAUCAAAAUAACGGUUGCAUACACAGAGCCGUUAUCUGUGUUAUAUGUGGCUGUGAGGGAGAAGACUGAGGACUCGCUUCCAUCGGGACUGAUAAGUUGGACAGCUCCCGUGGUGCUGCCGCCACAAAGGCUUCGCUUGUAAAUGAUUCAAACACACACACAGAGGGCGAAUAUCGGGACUAACGGUCGCUCCGGGACUCGGUUCAUCUCUCAGCGAGGUUAGCUAACAUCAGGAACAUGGCGAGUCUCCUGCAGGCGGAGAAGGAGCUGUUUGAGAAGUUCUGGAAGGGAACGUUUAAAGCCGUGGCCACGCCGAGACCCGAGAGCGUCAUCAUCGCCAGCAUAGUCAAUAAGUUGGAGACGUCAGUUUGCGUGGCAGCCAAACCCCACGAGGCACCGUCAGAGCGAGAGGAACAGGAAGUGAAGGAGACGGGGAGGAAGAGACACCGAAAACACAAAGCACAUAAACGGCACAGACGCCACCGCUCCCACAGCGUGUCGGUGGAUUCUGAUUUCUCCCCUCAGCCUGCACCCAAGAGGAGAAAGAAGAAGAAAAAGUCAGAGAGAAAGAGGAGGAGAGAAAGGCGUCGCUUCUCCAGUCCCUCACCAAUCAGGAAGAAGAAGAAGAAGAAGAAGAGCUCGAAGAAAAGGAAGCACCACAGCUCUGCCUCCAAGAAGAGAAGACACAGCUCUUCAGGUACAAGACGCAAACGGAAGGAGGACAGGAAGCAUAAGAAGAGGUGCCACGGUGCCUCUCAUCACAGACGCCGUUCACGGAGAGCUGAGAGUUCAGACUGGAGGUCGUCCAGCACUGAGAGCAGAGCUGCAGAUCACAGCAAAUCAGGCUUUCAGAGCAGCGCCCGUUACCGCUCAGGAGCCCACGGGGGUUUGGAAUGGUGUUCGGCACUGAAGCUCGCCUCUAAAAUCCACUCGGAGUGCUCACAGGUCGAACACUCGCGUCCUGGGCUUGAAACAACCCUGGUCCAAAACAAGGGGCGUGCGGAUUACGAUUCAGGAAAUGACACGUCCUCUCCGCCCUCGUCUAAGAUCCCGGGACGGAGGAACGUCCCCUGUCACGAGACUCCAGAGAAGCUCAAAUUCGUGGACAGCUCCUCCGAUUCAGGAAACUCUCUGAGCUACGAGUCUCUGAGUAAAGCUGAACGCGGGGAGGGUCACGUCCAUAGUACCGUGUUCAAAAAGAUCAAAAGUGAGGAGUCCAGCAGCUGUGCUGGAUUUGUGAGCCAUCGACCAACAUCCAGUGAAAAACAUGAAUAUCGAUCAGAAACGAGGUCUCGCAGCAGGAGCAGAUCAUGCAAAAGUUCUCGACACUGGGGACGUGAUUCACGAAGCAGGUCCUCGUCCUCUGGUCGCAGGUCGUAUUCUCGUUCGUCCAGUUAUUCGUGGGACUCGAGGAGAGGGAGUGUGUGCAGCGCCAGCAGUCGACAGAGUGGAAAAUAUUCCAGAUACACACCAGACAGGAUUCGAGGUAAAAGAAGAAGCUCAAGCUCUAGAAAGCACAGCAGAAGAAGAUACUCUUCACCCAUGAGGAAACGGAGAAGGGAUUCACCCAGUCAUUUAGAGGCUCGAAGAAUUACCAGCGCCAGAAAGAGGCCGAUCCCGUACCACCGCCCGAGCCCGUCCUCCUCCUCCAGCCGCUCCAGCAGCCUGUCACCCUGGAGUCUGUUUUCACUCACCCGCAGCCAAUCACGAAGCCCGAUCCGCAGCCGGAGCAGGAGUCGCAGCCGCUCUUCGUGUCGCAGCUACAGUCGCAGCUCAUCGAUAAGCUCCGUCGACAGCGGCAGGAGCAGGAGCUCGCGCUACAGCUAACGUACAGACCCAAACUCUAUACCAUCUGGAAAAAAGGUUAAAGGUUCCUGAAAUGAUCCUGUGGUCGGCCGAGUGAAGGACAGACAGCAUGCUAACAAAACCUGGUGUCACAUAAAACUUCUACAGCUACAGAACAUUAAUCUCACGGUCCGAUUCAUUCUGAGAUCUAAACCACAUCUUCAGACCACUCGAGCUACGACAGCUGGACGUUUCAGUAUGAACGGGACGUCUGGAAACCCUCACAAACGAAAAAUGAAGUGAAGGGCUCAGUGUAGGAUCAAUAAAUCUGUUCGAUCUAGACAAGGAAAGCUAGCUAGACGUAAAGAACCCCCGGAAAAUGAAGAUACGCCAACAAGCUACUAAAACAGAUUUAAUUUAAUAAAUUAUACAUAAUCAACAGAUUAAAACUGCUGUUGGAGGCCAGAGGUUGGUCUCUUCUAUACAGUAUUACCGAACCUGUUUAAACUUCAUGGUUCUCAAAGAGAAAAGAACCAUUUUACCGUUUACUGUUAGCACAGAUCGACAGGUUGUUAUUUCUGGGUCACAUGGGCACCAAAAAUGCUGAGUGGUUCUCCAAAGAUUAAACCAGUAUCCGACUCCCAGUGUCACUCACAUCUAACGUCCAAGUCCAUUUCGUCCUCCAUGUGCUAGUUUUCUCUUCCUGUCUGAAAAAGAGACGCGCGGCCUCCGUAACGGCUCUCGCCGCAGGCCCGGACUUUUCUGACACCCACGUCACAUUUUCUUCUCUUUGAAAAAUGUGCCAGGCCGCCCAACACAUGCUCCAUCAGCCCAAAUGCCAGCCGUAUUUAUCUUCCAGCCGAGUGGAAAACGAUUCGAAUGCCACCGACUGUUACGACGGAGCCGCUUAGAACGGCAAGAAUGACGGACGACGUUAAUGUGACGGGGGCUCGUUUUUGAUCACUUGCAUCUAAAAAUCACACGACGACUUUUGCUUUUGAUUCAGAAUCUCAGAGUCGUAGCAGAGCGUUGUACUCAUUACAGGUGAAAUCAAAACAUACGUCAUGAGACGUCAACUUUUUUCCUGCUACUGAACAACUGGAACACGCGUCUCUGUCCAGAAAGAAUCUAAUGGGUCAAAAAUAUACAUACAUCAACUUCAGUGCUGGAAGAUCUUUUUUUAAUGCAUUUUUCCCUUUUUCUCUUGCUGAGAGGAAAUUUGCCCGGAUAAUUAGGCCCACAAAUAAGCAGGUCUGCCAGAAAUCAAAAGCUGCUGGAACAUGACACACUGUUUACAUUCAAGUGAGCUUCACAUCAGCGUCGGUCUAAAAGCUGCAGUGCUUAAAUGAUCAGCAAAAACUUUAGCCUAGAACAUCUAAUCAUUCAGAUCAUUGUAUGUGUACAUUUGUGUGGAAAAUAUUUGUCUAACGUAUAACAGUUACAAUUUACAAUUAGUUAUU